AUGGUGAUGCUGGAUAACAUGGAUGGCUCAGCUCGGGGAGCAGUGUCCCCUUCUACCUCUGCCCCCUCUCCAUCAUCAUCAUCGUCGUCAUCUUGUUCUUCGUUAUCUUCUCGUUCCACUCCGCCCUCACUCUACACCCCAAGCAGUCAAGGCUCGGUCACUAGCCCUACCUGCACCUCCACAACCACCAUCCGUGUGGGAGCUCGUAAGAAAGAAUGGCGGAGGGAGAAGCCCACGAGGGCAUGUGGAGUAUGUGGAGACGUGGCCAAAAGUUUCCACUUUGGCGGUUUGGCCUGUGAUAGCUGCAAGGCUUUUUUUCGUCGCUCUGUGCAGAAUGAUGUGUACAAGGGAUUCACUUGUGCACAUGGACGACAGUGCAAAAUCACCUUGUCAUCGCGCAAAUGCUGUCAGUUUUGCCGCUUCGAGAAAUGCUUGGGCAUCGGAAUGGAAAGGGGUUGGGUGAUGAGUGAGGAUGAGAGGAAGGAACUCAUGAAACAGCGAAUGGAUAAGAAGUAUCAGCAACGCGGAAGGCCCCAGGAGGUCGACUCGGCGACUACCGAUCCCGGACCUCAACCUCAGCAGUCAACAUCCUUGGAGAUGAAAUCAUAUGAACCGCGGAUGGAGGAUCUCGAGAAGUGGUUGAGCAAGGAUGGCAUUCAUACGAUUGAAGAACUGGUGAAGAACUACGAGAAAGCAUUCCACGAGGUCCCUUAUGAACAGGGACUGUCACAUUUCAAUGAGCAGCGUCCCAGUUCCCAGAUUAUUCAGAUGUUCUCCACGGCCAUCCGACGAUUCCAUCGUUAUGCGGAGAUGAUCGCUGAAUUUGCUCGCAUCUCCCAUCAUGACCAGGUCAUCCUGCUCAAGGAUGGAAUCCUGGAGAUGUGUCUCCUCCGUGGAGCCCUCGUUUUCGACUCUGACAACGCCCGGUGGCCCAAUUGUAACCUGAGCCUCUACAAAAAUUGCCCUCAACUGAAAGUUGACGACAUGCAGAGGCUUGUGUCUCCUCACCUUUAUCAGCUUCACAUGAAGUUCAUCAGAGGCGUUCAAGACUUGUCACCUGACGAUCCCUCGAUCAUGAUUAUGAUCAUGGUGGUUCUUUUCUCCCCUGAUCGUCCACGAUUGGAGGAUCCGCACCAGAUAGGUGUUGUUCAAGAGAAGUUUCUUAUUCUUCUUCGCAAAUACAUGGGUUGGCGGUAUGGAGCCCGAAACGCUCGCAUUACCUAUCCUAAGCUCCUGACGAAGCUGGUGGAUUUGAGGACUCUGAAUGACAGUCGGAAUGAGGCACACCUGCGGCUGUCAGCAAGGGACGUCGAAGAGAUCCGAAAUCAGUUGGGCAGUAUCGUUCUUGCCCCCUAUGACACCUGGGACCAAGGGACAGCCAUGAUUAGUACAAAAAUUUGGGAAACCUUGGAGCAGGGUUCGGCAAUACCCAAGCGACGUCAUGCGAGCGAUUUGAGCAUCGAGGCCCGAAAGCAUGAACCAGAAACACCAGAUGACUGCUCUGAGUCCAUGUCCCUCCCUGAAUUCCCAUUACAUCAGCCCAACCUCUCCAGUUUCCCAAGUUUUGAUACUUUCUUUGCAAAGGGUGGCCUUGGACCCUUGGAAGAAAAUCCAGCUGAAAACAUACUCAAUGAAAUCCCUUCACCAAAGGUGAAACAUGAAGAAGAUAGUCUUGAAGAGGUGAGAGAUUGUAUCACACCUCCACCAACUCCAAACAACAUCAGCUGUGGGCUCUCUGGUCUUGAUAAUUUGACAUAUUCAUACUCUUGUGAAUCCUAUGGUACCCAACCAGGUGACUUAAUUCUCCCAGGCCUUGGGUAUGAUACUGGGAAGGCAGGCUCAUCUUUGAGCAAAGCAGCUGAGGUGGAGCAGCUGAAAACUGUGUUGGAGUACCUGACCAGGUCUGAGGAAGGAGCAGCAUCUGGUGAAAGUGCCAUGAAGGGGGAAGAUGAUUAUGCACGAAAGCCUAUGAUGAUGGGAGAGUCAGGGAUAGGUCUACCAGGAACUGGACUACCUCAUCACUAUAUGAUGUCAGGGAAUGACAGAGGCCAGUUUGAUGACAUCAUGACGGGAUUCCAUCAGGCUGAGCAGUCAUUGUACAACCCAGUCACUGUUUCCAGCUAUAUGUCCCAUCACAUCAUGAAGCAGUUGGAGGCAUCCAAUGGUAACACUCCGCCCGCAGCCAACCCCUCGAUCGAAACCUCGUUGCCUAGUCACAACUUCAAUGACCCCUUCAACUUUUGA